UGGUCACAGAGGGCGGGACAUAUUUGAAAUUUGUGACUGUUGUUGAAAUUCUCUUUCCGAGUCUCUUAACAGGUGUUUUCAUUAAUAUCACUGGUCACUGUGAGAAAAACUCAAUGUCUUCAAAAAUCCCAAAAAGUACAAAUUUACCAACAGAGGCAAAAACUGUUCAGAGAACAGACACAAAUCUUAAAAAUUCAAGGGAAAAUGUCCCAAGGAAAAAUGUUGCUCCUAAAGUUCACAAAGGUGCUUCAACCAGAUAUGGGCAACAGGUGGAGCUGAAGGAGCAAAAUCUGAACCUGGUGGCUGCAAAUGAGGAGCUACAGAAAAACUUGUCAGAGAAGCAGCAAAGAGUUGAAGAGUUGGAGCUGCAACUCGAUGAGCUUCAGAAGGAGAAUGUAGAGUUUCAUAAAAACCUGCAGGACUGUCACACACUCCUGGUUUCUGCCAAGAUAGACCCAGUUUUAGGUGAAAAGGUUGGAGAUGCAGUGAGACAGAAAGAAGUCAAAAGGAAAGAAGUUAUGAGUGUUUCCACCGAUCUGCUGAAGGAGUUAAAGGCUUUUGGAGACAUUGCUUCACAACAGCGAACUCAGCUACAGGAAAUCCAAGCAAAAAUGGAGGACAUCACUAAAGCACGAGAAAUUAUGAAGCAAGAAAGAGAGAAUUUCUCUCAGGAUGCUGCUGAAAUGGAGAGAGCUCUGAAAGAGGCAGAAGCUCUCUUAGCGUAACAAAGAAAUGUAUGUAUAUGUUAAUGUGAGAUAAAGGGUUAAUGUUUUCAGAUCAUUAAAAUGUUUCUUUUUCUACAUCUCAAAGCUAAAACAAAAAUAUAUAUAUUUUUUUUGUUAAAUUUACAAAACGUCACAUGAGGGAACAAUUCCCAUGAAAUCACAAUAUUGUUAUUCUAAAAUGCUAACAAAACUGAUUUGGAGAAAGCAGCCAGGCGAGCUUACAGACAUAUUUAGAUCUUUGCUAAAAUAUAACGGUCAGCAUCAUUAAUCACAUAAAAACAGCCCCAUUGUUUGCUUCCUUAGCUAGAAAGAAAAAUAAUUUCAGUGUUUUUGUUAAAACUAAAUACUUUGAGUGAACAUUGAAAUAAUUUUUCUUUGUUUUAAUGUAUCAAAAUGGAAACAGCCUUCCAGUUUAUUAAAUGUUGUCAUAAUUGCAUAUUUUCACAUUUGAAAUGAUUUUUUUCUUUUAGCCUUGCACAUAUGUCACAUUUUGUAUUUCUUUUAAUAAUGAGCGGCUUGCUCAUUUCUCUGCCAUUCAGUGGCAAAUAUUACUUCUGCCCAGCUUGUCACACCGAGUUUAAACUUGAGAGGGCAGUGCAAGGCUAUAAAUCAAAUCCAUUACCUUUUCUGAAAGACGUGCACUCAUACCGACUUACCUUUGCUUUAAGAAUAAUUAACUGAAACAAGCUUAGCUCAGAUCCAGUCAAGUAGAAAUGACUGAGAUUCAUGUUUCAAGUGCAAAAUGUUCAAUUUUAAGUUAAUCCUUUCAUUCUUGGCUAUUGUUGUUUUGUGAUAAACUAGUUAAUUUAUUUAUCUCUUUAUCAAUCAUUUAGCAGCUCUCUGACCAGACUUAACAACACAGAAAGACAGAUUUAUAACAGUCAGGACAAGUCUAACAGGGACGGAGCCAAAAAGGAUGGGAGGGGGCAGUGAUGGUCCCCUCCCUGAUCUGCAGCAUCAGGGGUCAAAGUGCACUUUCCAGACCGUCACACUCCAGUGAGCCUUUGUGGGAGACAUGUUCAUCCCUCGCUCUCCUGAGAACAAUGGCUGCUGUCAAGCCAAAUGGAAGACAAGCAGCUUCAUAAGGUCACCUCAAUUUAAUUUUAAUCGAUCAGCUGAAAAGAUCUGUCAUUUAUUGAAGAGUGGUUGAAAUGUUGGUUUGAUUCAAACAGCAUGACUACAGAGCCAAUUUUUUAACCACUUAUAUAUGUUUUUUUCUUUAUUUCUUGUUAAAAAAUCCAGCAUAUCUACAAUUUGAUGUUACGUACUUUAUCGCCUAUCAAAGUUGCUAAAAAGAUCAAUGUUUCCUGGUAUUGAAAAAGCCAUAUGACACUUUAAUUGGAAUUUUGAGUAAAUUUAGUGGGGAAACAGGCCCACAGCAUCACAGAUCCUCCACCAUAAUUACCAGCUGACAUGAGCUGAAAGUAAUAGAAUGGUGAUAUGGAUUUUCUUUAUUUUUUGUACAUAUAAAAUAUUUUGUGCAUUUAAAGAAUUAAGAAUAAAAGUGGCAAAAAUGUACUGCAUGAAGUACUGACCCAAAAAAAGCCUCAAGAGACUCUGCAACCCUAAAUGUUGAAUUUUUUAAAAAUUAUUUGUUCUGCUUUUUAAAAUUAUUUUAUUUCACUUUCUCAAAUGACUUCUUCCAAAUAAAUGUUACUUUAAUCAAAUGGUGUAAUUGUACCGCCAAACACUAACAGGACACAAUAAUCUCAGUCAUUAAAAGGUCAAAAUGUCCUGAAAUUUAUUGAUGUUCUUGUGAAACCAGCAGUAGAAAAACAUUAUACAGAAAAAUAUAACAAUUCCAGACAUGCACUCAGUUUUUGAGGUUGGAAAAUAUCAUCAGUUGGAGUUUACCAUGCUAAAUCACUGUUUUUCUUAUAAUAUUUUCCCUGAUACAAAAAUUAUCCUUCGCUAAAGGGACUUCCACAAAUAAUGUGGAACUUGCAUUGCAAGUGAUACAAGAUCAGUUUUCCUAUUAGCAUUAGUGUUUUGUUGGGCAUGUUUUUCUUAAGUGCUAUAAAAUCAAUAUAAAUCAACAAGUGCAAAUCUGGUCAGAGUAUUUCUGAUUUUAUUUAUUUCUACUCUGCUUUUGAUCAAAUUUGGCUUUAUGAUCUUUGUUUUACUAUGCAGUAAAACACACAUGGAUUAAAGCUCUGCAGGGUUUUCUGAGCAAUUCAAAGAAAAAAAAAAACAGUAGCAGUAAACAGAGACUGAAACAGCCAGAUUAAAUCACUGAGGAUCUGCACCAAUUAUCUUGAGCCAAGUUGUUAUUAAAAACCAUAUGGGUGGUUUAAUGGAUUCUGCUUCAUCAGAGUCAAGCAAAUAAGGUUAAACCCUUUUCAGCUCAAAGACUCUUUCUGUCUGACUUUCAUUUUAAAUGUUUUUCAUCAUAGACAUAUUGGGAAGACGGCAACUGGCAAAUUUUAGUGCAGGCAGUAUGUGUUCCCUUUUCUGCAAUUUCAGGUUGUCAAAUGGAAUAAACAUAAAACCUUCCAAUAAUGUAAACAGCAGCUUAAUUUUCUCUUAAAUUUAGUAGCAAUUAUCUCUCUGACAUACUGUUGCAUCUUGUAUACGCUGAGUAAAUUUACCCAAUUAGGUCCUUUUGAAGCUUAUUAUUUGAAGAUUAUUAAGAGUUGGCAUCAUUAGCUGUGUCUAUUAAGAAUUAGCAUCAUUAGCUGUGUCUAUUAAGAAUUAGCAUCAUUAGUUGUGUUUCUAUUAAGAAUUAGCAUCAUUAGCUGUGUUUCUAUUAAGAGUUAGCAUCAUUAGCUGUGUCUAUUAAGAAUUAGCAUCAUUAGCUGUGUCUAUUAAGAAUUAGCAUCAUUAGCUGUGUCUAUUAAGAAUUAGCAUCAUUAGCUGUGUUUCUAUUAAGAAUUAGCAUCAUUAGCUGUGUUUCUAUUAAGAAUUAGCAUCAUUAGCUGUGUUUCUAUUAAGAAUUAGCAUCAUUAGUGUGUUUCUAUUAAGAAUUAGCAUCAUUAGCUGUGUUUCUAUUAAGAAUUAGCAUCAUUAGCUGUGUUUCUAUUAAGAAUUAGCAUCAUUAGCUGUGUUUCUAUUAAGAGUUAGCAUCAUUAGCUGUGUCUUUUAAGAAUUAGCAUCAUUAGUUGUGUUUCUAUUAAGAAUUAGCAUCAUUAGCUGUGUUUCUAUUAAGAAUUAGCAUCAUUAGCUGUGUUUCUAUUAAGAAUUAGCAUCAUUAGCUGUGUUUCUAUUAAGAAUUAGCAUCAUUAGCUGCGUCUAUUAAGAAUUAGCAUCAUUAGCUGUGUUUCUAUUAAGAAUUAGCAUCAUUAGCUGUGUCUCUAUUGCAAAAUGUGCCCAAAAACUUUGUCAAUGUGCCUCUAAUGUUGAAAAAACACAAUUUCCCAGUUGUGAUGUUUUCACUAAAUACAAACUCAAAUAAAAUCACAGGUUUAUAACGAUAAGUCAUUAAAAAACAUGAUCCUCCAACUAUUUCCUGUUGUCUUCUUCCUGGUUUGAACAAUAAUAUUAAAAUAUUAUACAUAUUUCUUUGGGCCACAAAAAUAGCUACGGCGGGUAUAUUUUUGCUUCCUACCAACCUUUUUAUGUUUUAAUUUCAAAGUAAUUUAGGUCAAAAACAAUCUCUUGUAACAUAUUAUUAAGAAACAUUUUUGUGCCAAGUGCUGAAUAGCAAAGGGUCGAUCCAAACCACAGCAAAAAUGUUUUUUAUUUCCAUAUGACUUAAUUAUGUAAAGUAAGUUUAUGCUUGUGCUAUGUAAUGUGUUUUCGUAUGACUUGUCAGGUGUAAUAAAUCACUAUUUUUGUAAAUUA